UUCACCCAUAUUAUAUAUUUUUAUUUUUUGAAAUGAUAAAUUUCAUUUUAAACGCUGCAUUUAUAUAUGGGUUUUUCAAUGGUGUAAAAUCAGAAAAUAAUUAUGGAUCACGGGCCAUUCAAAUUGCAGAUCAUAUAAAUAAUCUUAAUACCACUUGGAAAGCUACAUCUACCCCAAAUUUUCAAAGUUGGGAUUAUGAUCUUAUUAAGAGACUUAUGGGAGUCAAAUUAAAUGCCACUAAAUCUAAAUUAUACAACAUGAAAGUUCAAUAUCAUGAUCAAGAUAAGAUAAAUUUGCCUGAAGAAUUUGACAGUAGAAAACAAUGGCCACAUUGUCCCACACUCCAAGAGGUUAGAGAUCAAGGAGCUUGUGGAUCUUGUUGGGCCUUCGGAGCAGUGGAAGCCAUAUCGGAUAGGAUUUGCAUAAGCACUAACGGAGCCUUGAACGCCCACAUUUCCGCCGAAGAUUUGCUCGCCUGUUGUGAUGGAUGCGCAGUAGUCGGAUUAGGAUGUGAAGGAGGUCAUAUAGACGAUGCUUGGAACUAUUAUCAGUCAAACGGCUUAGUGACCGGGGGACAGUACGGAUCUAAUCAGGGUUGCCUACCUUACGAAAUACAGCAUUGUGAUCAUCAAACUACGGGCAUCUACAAACCGUGCGGUAAAAUAGUUGAGACUCCGAAAUGCCGAACUCAAUGCGAGAGAAGCUAUAACGUGACCUACAAGGAUGACAAACAUUUUGCUAAAAAGGUAUAUGAGGUGGAUUCCAAUCCUAAACAAAUACAAUCUGAAAUUAUGCAAUACGGGCCGGUAGAAGCUGCUUUAUCUGUUUACGAAGAUUUUUUGCAAUAUAAAUCGGGAGUUUACAAACACAAGACUGGGAAUUCAUUGGGCGGCCAUGCUGUAAAAAUUAUAGGAUGGGGUGUGGAAGAUAGCACUCCCUAUUGGUUGGCGGUUAAUAGCUGGAAUGCCGAUUGGGGGGAAAAAGGAUUUUUCAAGAUUUUAAGGGGGGAAAAUGAAUGCGGAAUCGAAAAAAUGAUAUAUGCUGGUUUCCCUAACACCGAAAGACAAAUGGCUUCCAAAAACCAUAAUAGCCUCAUUAUGAAACGUAACAAAAUCGCUGAUCCCGAAACCAAUAAUCAGAAUCAGAAAGGAGAGAUCCAGAACGAUAAAUUUAUUCGACUGUCUUUUAAAAAUUAUAUCGAGGAUUUUUUUAAAAAAUUACUUGAGAACAAUUUUGCCUAACAAAAUUUAUGCAUUUUUUUUAUAUUAGCUUCACCAGACAAAAUUUUUAUCAAAUUUAUAUAAUAUAUAUAUAUAGAGAUAUA